GACAGGACAGGUAAGUGGUUCACCUGGCGCUGAUUGCUGGUGUGUGGGGCUGUUAUCGAGCGCUGUGUGUCGCAGACAGCAGUGAUGGUGAGCGUGGUGCAGGGCUGGAUGUCGCGGCUGCUGUCGCCGCUGUGGCGCCGGGCGCAGGAGCUCGAUGAGCGGCGAGAGGAUCCGCGCUUCGACGGUGCGGCGCAGAUCCGGCAGGUGCGGACAGGUGUGGUGACGCAUCUGUGUGCGGAUUACGGCCUGAUCGAUCACAGCGUGUAUUUCACAUCGGGAGUGGUGCUAGGAGGAGUCGUGCUGUGUGUGGGAGACUCGGUGCAGGCUCUGGCAGUGCGGGAAGGAGCCCACGGACAGUGGAGGGCGCUCCGGGUGGAGCGGCACAAGGACGCCUGGGAGAGCGGCGGGUCAGAGGCGCUCGCGCUGGACACUGACAAACUCAGGCCUCUGAUUGGAACAGUGACGUCAUGUGAUCGAGACGGAGGCUACAUCAACCAGACGACGUAUUUCCCGCGAUCGGCUCUCUGCGAAGGGUUCGAGCCGGUGAAGGGCGACUGGGUUCUGGCGCAGUAUUUCGUCUGUCCGUCUGAAUGGAGCAGUCAGGCUCGAGCGGUUUCUCCUCUGCGAUACCGGCGCAUGGAUGGGGUGAGCGUGAGCGUCCUGCACGGCCGCAGCGGUGUUGUGGAGGACAGCGUGUUCUUCAGUCUGGACUCUCUGAUCGUGCCGCCGGGCUUCAGACCCGCUCGGGGUGAUGUGGUGAAUGUGGUGGUGGUGGAGAGCAGUCAGUCGCUGUACAGCUGGAGAGCUCUGUGUAUGACGCCCGUCCAGCACAGUGGAAACGCCUCGGAGCUGAAUAUGCCAGACGAUGAGGUGCAGAGAUUGCUGGAGAAUAAGGGUGGGCUCCAGGUCAGCCGGGAAAGCCACUUUGGGUCUCUAUUACUGGGAAACCGCAAGGAGCUGCAGAUCUGGAUCCAAAACAGCGGCUCUGAGCGCCAGCGGCUGAAAUGCUGUGAGUUUGCCGGAUGGGACUCGGCUCAGCAGUUCUGCCUCAGAUCUGUGUCUGUGAAGAACAGCUCGCCUGCAGGAGGUCCAGCUGAUGAAGAGUCGGUGCAGAUGCUGGAGAUGAAGCCCGGGGAGAGAGCGUCUGUGACUGUCUGCUGUCAGGCCAGGACUCUGGGUCGCUCCGCCGAGCUGCUGCUCCUGCACUUCUCCUCCUUCACCAUCGGGAGGCGUCUGGAGGUGUCUGUGAGCAGCGCGGAGGAGAGUCUGCUCAAACCCAGCGUCCCGUACUCCGCUCUAACAGCUCCGCCGCAGCAGCAGCAGCAGCCCCUGCAGGUGCUCACGGUCACGGCCCCGCCGGCCCCCAUCAGACUUGCACGGCGGCAUCUUCCAAACUUCUUGGGGAACUACGGUGUGCCUCAGGCUCUCAGAGAUUGUGUGGAAGGCCAGAAGGACGUUCUGAUCGCACAGCCGGCUCUGGCGGAGCCCUUGAGCCUGUCGUGGAUACUGCCGCGUUUCUCGGCUCUGCUGUGGCUGGAGGAGCUGCAGGCCGAGAGGGAGAUCCGAGAGUUCAGUCUCACCGGCGCCAUCCUCAGGAAAGGAGCCGUGUAUCUGCACCUGGAGGUGCCAGGCCUCGCCGAGGGCCGGCCGAGCCUCUUCAUCGGUCAGGACGCUCUCUUAUAAUCUAGGCCUUGUUGUGUGAUUGAUUGACAGCUGUCAGUCACAUGUUCUGUGCAUCGGCUCUCGCAGAUCAGCGACGAGGACGUGAGUUUACGAGUGAACGCUGAUUUUCAGAAGAACUACCUCGGAGAACCUCUGGACGUGGAGUUCUCCUUCAACAGGCUGACCAUGAGGAGGUGCCACUGUGCUCUGGAGCAGAGCAAACACUUCGGAGACCACAUUUUGUUUCCCAGCAUGCUCUUGCUGCAGCCGCCUCAGUGGAGCGGAGAGUGGAGGGAAGAGGACCGACAUCUUCAAGAGGAGGAGAACGAAGCGACCCAAAAAACAGACGGCUCAUCGACACUGACUGCAGAGAUGGUGUCUGUGGCCACACAAACUAAACCAGAUUUGACAAUGACAGCGAAGCGCAUCCCAAACCCUGGCCAGUUCUUCAACGCUCAGCUGAAUCCGGCGCAGAAAGAGGCGGUCAAACGGAUCCUGAGUGGAGAGUGUCGUCCCACGCCAUACGUUCUGUUCGGGCCUCCUGGCACCGGGAAAACCAUCACUCUCAUAGAGGCCAUUCUGCAGGUGCAUCACCGCAUCCCCUGCAGUCGUGUGCUGGUGUGCACGCCCUCAAACAGUGCCGCGGACCUCGUCUGCAUGCGUCUGCACCAGAGCGGAUUCCUGCACACCGCCAGUCUGGCUCGCGUCAAUGCCACCUGCAGACCAGAAGAGGUGCGUGUUGGUCACUUUACCCAUGUGUUUGUGGAUGAGGCGGGUCAGGCCACUGAACCCGAGUCGCUCAUCCCUCUGAGUUUACUGUCAGAGACGAGUGGACAGAUCGUGCUGGCUGGAGAUCCGAAGCAGCUGGGGCCGGUGGUGAAGUCGAAGCUGGCCGCUGUGUUUGGACUCGGCGUGUCUCUGCUGGAGAGACUGAUGGGAACGCCGCUCUACAGCUGCAGCGAGAGAGGAUACAACCCCCUGCUGGUGAUGAAGCUGGUGUAUAACUACCGCUCCCACGAGGCUCUGCUGGAGCUGCCGUCGCGGCUGUUUUACGCCGGAGAGCUGUGUGUUCGCUCUCAGAGGACCGUCGUGGAUGCGCUCUGCCACUGGAACAGGCUUCCCACUAAGGGCUUCCCCUUCAUGUUUCACGGCGUGCGGGGGACUGAGGUGAGAGAGGGCAAUAAUCAGUCGUGGUUCAAUCCCGCUGAAGCUGUGCAAGUCAUGAUGUACUGCUGCCAGCUCGCGAAGAGACUCUACAACCCCAUCGCUGCGACAGACAUCGGCGUCAUCGCUCCAUAUAAGAAACAGGUGGAGAAGAUCCGUGUGCUGCUGCACAGAGUGGGUCUGGGAGAGGUGAAGGUGGGGUCGGUGGAGGAGUUCCAGGGCCAGGAGUUCCUCAUCAUCAUCAUGUCAACGGUCCGAUCCAACGAGUCCUUGCUGAAUGAAGAACUGCAAAGCAUGCUGGGAUUCCUCUCCGACCCGAAGCGUUUCAACGUUGCCAUCACACGAGCCAAAGCGCUGCUCAUUGUGAUCGGAAACCCACACGUUUUAAUCAAGGACCCGUGUUUCAGCGCUCUGCUGCAGUACUCGCAUGAUAACCGAGCGUUCCUGGGCUGUGAUCCUCCAGUCAGUCUGCAGGCCUCGCCAAGGAUUCUCUCUGAAGAAACUUAGACAUUUCUCGGAUCAGCACUGUGUUGCGAUGACUGUUCCAUGAUUGUUCUGCGUUAAAUAAUCGUUCUGUUAUCUAGCCACUUUUAGCUUGUUAGCAUCUAAAGAGCUCCCUGAUGAACCGCACUGGAUCUGGAGAGAGCCAGCGUUUAUUUCUCUUGUGUUCCUUCAAAUGCGUUACAGAAGAUUAAAAAAUAAUUUCAGCAAGCAUUCUCACUUUAUGCGUUCCUGCCACUGGAUCGCAUACGUUUGAGCUUGAGAAGCUGAUCUUCACAUUAGCGUGACUCCAGAUUAUUUUGUUUGUCUGACCAGCAACUAAAAACAGGGUUGUGUGU